CUCCCUCGCCAGGCAUUGUGGGUGGCCGGCCGGGGUCUCCUGGAGACGACCAUGGCCGGGGAUGCGGGAGGUCGCGGUUGCCCAGGGUCGGAGAUGCUCCUGCACCCGGAGUUGCUGUCCCAGGAGUUCCUGCUGCUCACGCUGGAGCAGAAGAAUAUAAUUGUUGAAGAGGAAAUAAAGAUCAACAAAGAUGACCUUACUGAUCUCUAUGUUCAACAUGCCAUACCAUUGCCUCAAAGGGAAUUACCAAAAAGUAGAUGGGGGAAAAUGAUGGAAAAGAGAAGAGGGCAAAAUGAAUUGAAAAAUGAGCAUAAAAGGGAUAUAAGUGUGGAAGGUUUACGGAAAAGACCCCUCAUUGUCUUUGAUGGAAAUUCAACAAGUACAAGCAUAAAAGUGAGAAAGACUGAAAAUGGAGCUAAUGGUCAUCUGAAGCCUCCUCCAUCAGUAGGCAUUACUAACAAUACCUUUAGGAAGUUACCAAAUUCAAAUGCUUCCUCCCUUGUUCUGCCUUCUACCUUGCCUACAGACAUUAAAGUGGAAACCAAUAAUGACACUAAACAGAACCAUGUGCUAAUAACUAGUAGGAGUACAUUGGCCAAUGUAAAAUCAUCACCUUUAUCUCCUGUUGGUGGAACUACCGUUGUGAAAUUAAAGAGAACUGUUCCAAAAGAAGAAGCAGAAUCAGUGAGUGAAUUAAAGCCCACAGAAGCAAAGAGGAAGAUCCAGCAUGUUACAUGGCCAUGAAUGAAUGGGGUUCCCCAAAAUGUAAAUAUAUCCUAUAACCAUAGAUUUCAGAACAAAAAGGUCAUAUUUGUUGACCACUUUAAGUACUAUAUUUACAGGGAUUCUGAUUUCUGUGGAAUUUUCUUAAAAGGUUUAAGAAAGCCUUGCAGAUAAGUUCCAAAAAUUUACCUUCCCCUUAAACAUUCUUUUCUUUUUAAUCCUUCCCUCUCAUACAGUAGUGGUCAAAUCGUUAAAAAUCAGUAUUUUUUACUAAAGGCCUGCUAUAUGUCAUUAAUCACCUUGGCCAAUGGCUGUUUGCAAGUUUGAUAAUAAGCUUUCUGAUUCAGUACAGAAAUAAUUUUCACCAGACAACUUCAGAGUAUGUGACAAUUUUCUAAGUUUUUGUUCAUCUCCCACUCUUUGUUAUAGCCAGUUUAGUGGGUUUCCUCCAUCUCUGUGUGCUCAGUGGAAGAAUGUUUGUCAUAUAGGUGUGUCAGCAAAUAUUACUAAACUAAUUCCUAAGAGAUCAUCAAGUAAAAUGAAUUUAUAACAUGGCACUUCAGCAUAAUCAGAAUUUACCAGUAAGCUGCUGCUACUUUCAUUGAUGGAACUAGUAAUAAUGACAGACUGGUUUUGUUAUGAAUUUAUUAGCUAUAAUGAUGUUUAAUUUAAAGUUUACCCACCUGUGGGAAUUUACAUGUCACCUUUUUGAUAUGUUAUGAUCUUGCACUUGAGAAUAUAGAUAUCACUCACUGCAAUUGAAUUUGAGGUUAAAGAAAUUUUGAACAUACAGAAAUGAUCAACUCCUAUUUAACUUAAAGGCCUAUUAAAAUAGUAGCAGCUGUUGACAGUGUGUGCUACUGUAGGCAACCCUAUUAGAUACUGUCAGUACUCCUAAGUAAGAAAGAAUUGUAUUAGGUGUAUAUGUAAAGGCAAGGAGAAAUGGUCUGGGAUGAGCAGAAGAAAAGAUUCUGGAGCUAGAAAUUUGCUACAAAGGAAAUAUGAAUUGUCUGAUUGAACUCUUAACUAGGUAUAACACUGCUAGUAUAUUUGAAUGGCCUGCCAUGUGAGUGGCCUUUGUCUUAACUCUUUAAUCACCAACCAUUUUAAUUUAUUGGAUAAUUUGUUUCAGUGGGCACGCAGCUCUGAUUUUUCAGUGAAAGCCAGUGGUAAAGAAGGAUUCACUUUACAUUAAUAUGCUUUACAUCUAACUUUUCGUGAAAACAUUGCUUAUGUAAAGUACUUGUAUGGUUGACCUUCAACUUGGGGUAGAAUUUUUCUAAUAUUUUGUAGAGUAGUACCUUUACUUUUUGAUGCUGAGCUUAUUUAUUUUAGUUUAGUUCUUGACUAGCCUUACAAACUGUAAUUUACCUUUGUGGAUAAUACUUUUUAAAAUUCCAACCCAUGAUUUCUUUUUUUAAACAUACCCCCUUCAGCUCAAGCUGUAUAACUUGUACUACGUAUAGUAAACUAGAUAAAGCCUAGGUGUUGAUGAUUUUUGGAUAUGUGGUAAUCUGCAGGGCUGAUUUAUAUGAUCUUGAAGGACAACUACAGUCAUAAAUGUAUGUGUUUGAGUAUUUACACAAUUACAAAUUUGGAGUAAUAUGAAAGAUUAUAUUUUGCAUUCUGUAGUCACACUUAGCUUUUAUUUCCAUUUCUCAGUUGAGUGAAAAUUAUUCUAUUGGCAAUUCUUAGUCAAUGGAAACAUUGUAAUUGCUUUUAUUACUCAAUGAAAUUAAUUUCUUAUUUGUGUGUUUAACAUACAGGUUAAGUUGGUAAUAACAGCUGAACUGUGUAACACCAUUUCUUCAAAUUGAAGUUUAUAUUAUGGUCAUUCAGAGUAAAUGCACAUAUGGCAGCACAUUAUUAAGCUGUUUUUUUCUGUUUGAAACAUUGUGGAGAAGUCAGAAUAGAAGAGUGCCAUGCCACGUACGUAUGAAAUAUGAGCAUCUUCUCAAGGUAUAGAUGCACUUCCUCAAUCCAGGAAAAACCUUUCUCCACAUAAUAAUGUACAUUAAAGGACAGGUGUUGGGGUAUAAAAGUGUUGGAAGCUCAACGUUUUAAAUUUUUGUGUAGUGUGUUUAUGUCUCUCUUUAUGAUGGUUUUAAAGGGCUUUGGAAGAACUUGGUUUGAACUUAGAAGAACUUUUUGGAUCAUCCUUUAUUCACUAACAUUUUUCAAGUCUAAGUUGUAGUUUCUAAUUCUCCAUCCACAAGAGCCAGAUUCUCUUAGUGUAGGGGUAGGCAAUGUGGUAUUGGUGUCACUGUGUGGCCUGAUGAAAUUUUAGUGGCAUUGUGUCACUUUUCUCCCAUCAUAUAUACCUUUUUCUUUAAUUUUUUUUAUUCCUUUUUCCUUCUUCUUGAGUUUUCCUUUAUUUUCAUCCAUUUUUUUCCCCUUCUCCACUGCCUAAGCUUGAGUCUUGCCAGUUGCCCUUAUGGGCAUUUGGUCUGUUGAUGACAUUGAGGGCAGAAGGGAUUACUUGCUCCUGCCUUCUCUCUAAGCCCUGGGUAUUCUUUCACUUUUGAGCCACUCAGUUCCUGUUAACUACAGAUAGCAUUAUACAGAUAUACUAAAUAGCAUCACUGGUCUAAAAAGUAAUGUGCCAUUUAAAAAUCUCAUAUUAAAACCUAGAAAGUUACUAGGCACUAGGAGAAGCUGGCUCAACUAAUAUUAUGACCAUGAUCUGUAUGUCUUUAUUGAAGCUCUCACAAUGUGCUUCUUUACUUAAGCUGUGGAAGAGGGUCCUAAAAGUGAUCUGAAAGCUCAUGAAGUAGCAAUUACUUUUUUUAAGUUUACAUUAAGUAAAAAUACCAAUAGAUUGUCAUAAAUAGGUGUUAGCUUCCCUUCUUCACUAUUGUGGAUUUUCAAUUACAUUUAGAUGCUGUAAAAUGGUCAAAAUGUUCUUUUUUAAAAAGUGUGCUCUUUUACUAAACAUUUGUGCAGAUUUUGUACUUCAGUACAAGAAAGUUUAAUAUUGUAAUGUACAUUUUUUUGUAUGUAAAGAUUCUUUUAAGUAGCCUUAUCCUUAUUUAAAUAAAUAAAAUUAAUUCAACUCUA